AGCAUAAUGUCAUGGUCGUCUUGGUUGGUGUUGUCACCUUUAUGUUGGCUUUAUUUUACUGGAAACAUGUGUGGGAGCGAAGAAGGUUACCUCCUGGACCAUUCCCAUUGCCAAUUUUGGGCAACUUUCUUCAGAUCUAUUCAGAGGGAUUGUUGUCAUACUUAACAAAGUUGUCACAGAAGUUUGGACCCAUUUACACUUUAUACUUUGGCACAAGACCUACAGUGGUUCUGGCUGGAUACCCGACCAUAAAGGAGGCAUUCGUUGAUUUGGGAGACGUAUUUUUAAAUCGGGGCACUCUCCCGCUUUUUGAUGAACUGUUUCAGAAUAAAGGAUUAUCUUUUAGUAACAAUGAAGAAUGGACUCAAAUGAGACAAUUUUCUCUCACAACCCUCAAAGAUUUUGGAAUGGGAAGGAAGAGUUUAGAAGAACCUGUAUUGGAGGAAGCCCAACACCUUGUCAACCACUUUAAACAUUUUAAUGGAGAGCCUUAUGACCCCACCACAACUCUGAUGUGUGCAACUUCUAAUGUUACUACAAAAUUACUAAUGGGAACUCGCCACAGCUACGAUGACAAGAAGUGGAUGAGAAUCCUUCUGGACUCACGUGAGGCUUUUCUCAUUGUCUCAUCAACCUGGGGUCAGUUGUAUGAUAUAUUUCCGGGGAUCAUGUACUAUUUACCUGGACCCCACAAAAAAAUAUUUACUCUAUUGAAGCCACUUGAAGAGGCUGUGGAGGAAUCGGUUAGAAGCCACCAGAAGACACUGGACCCAGCCUGUCCUCGAGAUUAUAUUGACUGUUUUCUCCUCCGUGUGAAACAAGAAGAGAAGAAUGUCAAGACAACUUUUAACAUACCAAAUCUCAUAGCAACUGUAUUUGACAUGUUCCUUGGGGGCUCAGAGAGUACUUCGUCUACAGUAACCUACGGUUUCUUCAUACUUGCAAAGUAUCCAGAGAUACAAGCUAAAGUUCAAAAGGAGAUUGACCAAGUGAUUGGAAGAGAGAGAGAACCUAGGGCAGAAGACAGGAACCAUAUGCCCUACACAAAUGCUUUCUUACAUGAGAUACAGCGAUAUAGCGAUGUCUUCCCAAUGGGCUUUACACGAUCCACCACCAGAGACGUGACCUUUCAUGGUUACCACCUUCCCAAGGGGACAGAUGUUUUGCCUUUGUUGACAACAGUGCUGCGGGACCCCUCGCUAUUUGAGAAACCUAAUGAGUUUAACAUCAAUCAUUUUUUGGAUGAGAACAACAAAUUUAAGAAAAAUAAUGGAUUUAUGCCAUUUGCUGCAGGAAAAAGGUCAUGUGUCGCAGAAAGUCUGGUGCGCCUACAACUUUUCAUUUUCUUCACCGUCAUCCUGCAAAAAUUCACUUUAAAGCCUACAGUGGAUCCCAAGGAAUUUGAUAUCUCUCCUACGGAAAGUGGUGUGGAAAACGUUCCUCCAGCCCAUAAAAUUCAAUUCAUUUCUCGUGCAUAGGAAUAAUAGGCAAACGUGAAUGUUUACAUGAACAUAACCGCAUCGAUAUACAUAAAUGUUAUAAUGUUGGAAUGGGAUAUAUCUAUAUAUAUGGGCCCAGAAGCUAAGGUCACUCCAUACGCCGAGGGUACUGGUUGUGUUAUUAUGCCUGCAAUAAGGGUCCGACGGUCCCUUUGGGAGUAGGGAUAGUAACACUACAUCUCCCUGUUAGGGUAUUCCAGUGUUUUUUGCACACCCUAGGGGUAUAUACAACGAACAACCACGCUCCUCCAUAUUGGGAUAUUUCCAGGCCAUUGUGUGGAAGUGCAAUAGACAUUUUCCCUAUUUUUCAUUGCAUCUUAUCCAACCAAUGAUUGAGAAGCCCUGUUCUCAUUAGGGGGGCAUCCGAUGGUUGUCCUGACUUAUUUGUUUUGAUUUUCAAGAGUGGGGCUUUGGUUAUCUUUUUAGUGUCUUUAAUAAAAGUAAAAUUUUAAAGUGUGUAUCUCGUGAGCAGGAGCGGUUUGCUAUGGGCAUUUGCUUCUGCUCUGGACCGUUCCUGACACAAACAGAGGUGUCAGCAGAGAGCACUGUGGUCAGACUGGAAAGAAUCACACAACUUCCUGUGGAGCAUACAGCAGCUGAUAAGUACUGGAAGGAUUAAGAUUUUUCAAUAGAAGAAAUGUACAAAUUUGUUUAACUUUCUGGCAUCCGCUAAUUAAAAAAAAAAAAUGUUUCCCCCGGAGUACCCCCUGAAAACUUAAACUUUCCCUAUUUGUUACACACACAUAUAAACAUACAUAAAUCUAAUGGGCCCCACAAUGUAAUGAGUUUUAGUAUGUGAACGGGCAGACAGACACCCCCUUUACAGGCCCCAUUCCUUUCAAUGUAUUUCAAAGGGAAUCUUAGUACGACAUGGACCUUUGCCAGAGUAAACUGCAGAUUAAGCAAUUCUCUCACAAGAACAUUAAAUGUGUGUGAUAGGUUAUGUGCAAACUGUGGUGUAUAUAGAAUAUUAGAGAUCUACAACAUACAGGAUAUUCAGAGACCUAGGGACACUGAUUCUGAUUCCAUUCCAUAAAUCUUUAUAGUGGUUUAAUCAUACGUAAAGGGCAUUUCUGUCCUAAGUAAUAAAGGUCUAACACAUUAUACAGCUCUAGGCAAAGAUUUCAACAUUGAGCAAAAUAAGAAUGUUAAGUUUUUAGUAUAUAGAUAGAUAGAUAUAGAUAUAAAAUCAUUAUAAUAGUAUUAUUAUAAUUCAUAUAAUAGUCAUAAUAAUAUUAUUAUAAUAAUUUGCAUUUGAGUCCUCACUGUCAAAAUAGCAUGUUACU